GGCACUGGGAAGCAAGGGGUACUCCAGAAGGAAGGCAAGGAUACUGGCUAGCCAGUGAAGGCGAGGAGGAGCGAAGGCGAGGGGAGGAGGCGCGGUGGGAGGAGGAGUAGAAGACAAAAGCCGAAAGCGAGGAGGGCGCCGACCGCACACUGCGGCCGAGAGAGGGACCGUCGGUGCCGCGAGUGGCGGGCACACGGAGGCGGUAGCGCGCGAAGCAUCCGGGUGGACAGUUAGCAUGGGGAAGGGAGGUAACCAGGGUGAGGGGAACACGGAACGCGAGGUUCCGAUGCCCACCUUCCGCUGGGAGGAGAUUCAGAAGCACAACCUGCGCACCGACCGGUGGCUCGUCAUCGACCGCAAGGUCUACAACGUCACCAAAUGGUCCCAGCGGCAUCCGGGGGGCCACCGGGUCAUCGGACACUAUUCGGGAGAAGAUGCUACGGAUGCCUUCCGUGCCUUCCACCUGGACCUUGACUUCGUGGGCAAGUUCUUGAAGCCCCUGCUGAUUGGUGAGCUGGCCCCCGAGGAGCCCAGCCUGGACCGUGGCAAGAGCUCUCAGAUCACCGAAGACUUCCGGGCCCUGAAGAAGACUGCCGAGGACAUGAACCUCUUCAAAACGAACCACCUGUUCUUCUUCCUCCUCCUGGCCCACAUCAUCGUCAUGGAAAGCAUCGCCUGGUUCAGCCUCUCGUACUUUGGCAAUGGCUGGAUUCCUACCCUCAUCACCGCCUUUGUUCUUGCUACCUCUCAGGCCCAAGCUGGAUGGCUGCAGCAUGACUAUGGCCAUCUUUCUGUCUAUAAGAAAUCCAGAUGGAACCACAUUGUCCACAAGUUUGUCAUUGGCCACUUAAAGGGUGCCUCCGCCAACUGGUGGAACCAUCGACAUUUCCAGCACCAUGCCAAGCCCAACAUCUUCCACAAGGACCCAGACAUAAAGAGCCUACACGUGUUUGUCCUUGGCGAGUGGCAGGCCCUCGAGUACGGCAAGAAGAAGCUGAAAUACCUGCCCUACAACCACCAGCAUGAAUACUUCUUCCUCAUCGGACCGCCGCUGCUCAUCCCUAUGUACUUCCAGUACCAGAUCAUCAUGACCAUGAUCAAACGCAGGGACUGGGUGGACUUGGCCUGGGCCAUCAGCUACUAUGUGCGUUUCUUCUACACCUACAUCCCUUUCUAUGGCAUCCUGGGAGCCCUGGUUUUCCUCAACUUCAUCAGGUUCCUGGAGAGCCACUGGUUUGUGUGGGUCACACAGAUGAACCACAUCGUCAUGGAGAUUGAUCUUGAUCACUACCGGGACUGGUUCAGCAGCCAGCUGGCAGCCACCUGUAACGUGGAGCAGUCCUUCUUCAAUGACUGGUUCAGCGGGCACCUCAACUUCCAGAUUGAGCACCACCUCUUCCCCACCAUGCCACGGCACAACUUGCACAAGAUCGCCCCACUAGUGAAGUCUCUCUGCACCAAGCAUGGCAUCGAGUACCAGGAGAAGCCACUGCUGAGGGCCCUGCUGGACAUUGUGAGUUCUCUGAAGAAGUCUGGGGAGCUGUGGCUGGAUGCGUACCUCCAUAAAUGAAGCAGCAGUCCUCAGGCACCCUCAGGGAAGGGGCACAGUUGGGGUGAUGGCCAGAGGGAGGGAAGGGCUUUUGUUCUGAAGGGUUCUCAUGAAGUGUCCGCUGGCUCACAUUCCCCAUGCUUGCUCUUUCAUCCUUUCUUGUUCUCCCCCGACCCCCAUCCUAGCCUCAUGGGGUUCCCCUGUGUCAGCCCCAGCUCUGUCCCCUCUGCUUCCCAGGCCCUUCUCCCAGAGAGCAGGAGAGAGGUGACUGGAGCAGGUGGUACAUCUCUGUCUCUGCACCUCCAGAUCCCUGGUGUAAGACUCCGCCCCUUGCAGCCUAGCCACCAGACCUUCGUCUGCACUCCCUUCUGUCCUACAGACACGCUGGGGGGCUGUGCAGCAGGGUCCAGGACUGGCCCUACACUCCCUGCUUGUUUGGGUGAAGACAUACUUUGUGUUCUGGGCGUCCUUCCCAUGGCUGGGAUUAGUCCGUAGGGUCUCCCUCCAGCCGCCCAGGGCCAGCUCAGACCUUGGUGCCCAAGGAAACGUCCUCGCACGCCCAUCAUCACAGCUCCAGGUCCUGGGGUUGUGCGGGUUCUAGUUCACCAUCUACCCAACUCCAGGGACCAAAAGGAGUGUCCCUUGUGUGGGCUCAGCAGAGGCAGUGGCCAGGUUGAAGGAGGGACUGGCCAGCCUGGAGCCCUAACCCAUCUCCCACUCUGGCCUGAUGCUUUUAAUCCUCUGGCCAGUCCCUGACGCUUGGUCUAGAGAAUGUGGACCUUGCAGGAGAGCCCCCGAGCUGCUCCCCCGGGAUAGGGCUGCCAGUCUGGCCAGCAUGGCCAGCACCUGGCUCUUUCCUAACUUUCCAAUUUUGUUUGUUUUAGAUGUUGUUGUGUUAACAUCUCCAACAGAACACUUUUUGAUAGGAGGGUGACAGAGGGCUGGGCUUUAGGACAAUCUACCUUUACCAGAUGCCCCUUGCUAGGCUCCCCUAAGGCCCUUCGGGUAGAGCUGGGCUUCGCCAUCAAGGCCACAGUAUAAGCUGCGGCUUGAGGCUGCUGCUCUCAGGGCAGGAAAAACAGGGUGGGGUGGGGUGUCUCAGGAGGGCUGUUGGGGGUACCCAGCGAGGAUCAAGCAGGAGUGUAGAGGGAAGGGGAGGUCAGGGAGGCUGAGGGCAUGAGGGAAGUGUUUUGGCGGGUGGGAGGGGGGAUGUCGGCUGUAUCAGGAGGGGACCCAUGCUGUGUCAUUCUGAGAUCUAACUGACUAACCAAUAUUUAAAUCGGAGGAAGGGGGCUUGGCCUGCACUGGAGAAGCCCUCCAGGAUGCCCAGCCAAGAGAGACCAGCUGCUGUUACUCCACAGAGGCAAAGAACCCACAAGAAGCUGAUCAUAAUUUGUAUCACAUUGUUUCCCCACCUCUACUUUUUUUGGGAAAUAAAAAAAAAGUAAUUUUA